AUGGAGCUUACUCAACAUGGUCUGUUAGAGGAGAUUCUAGCUCCAAGGAGAGAGAGUUGGACAGCAUUUCCUGCUGGAGUGAAUGAGUUCUUCUCUUCUGGCUGGAGCUUUGAAUCUAUUAAUGUUGACAACCCAGAUUUGUCUGCAUUAGACCCUUCUUUUUUAGAACUCAUCUCACCAACAGAACCUACCUUUGCUUGUCCUUUCAAUGAUCUGUACCCGUUUAUUCAUGGUUUCCCAGUGCCAGAGAUUAGUUCAUCAUAUGACAAGAAUGAAACACCCCCAAUCCUCAUUCAAGAAGAAUAUCCAUCAAUGGUGGAGGAUGGAGAACUUUUUCAAAGUCCGGAAGCAAGAAGAGUUGAGAUGGAAAAACCUACUACUAAUAUCUCACCUCUAAGUCUGAGAAUGUGUGGGGAGAGAAAGAGCAAAGCUAAGAAGGUUGAGGGGCAUCCCUCAAAGAAUCUAAUGGCAGAAAGAAGGAGAAGAAAGCGACUAAAUGACCGCCUCUCAAUGCUUAGAUCAAUUGUUCCUAAGAUAAGCAAGAUGGACAGAACAUCUAUACUUGGGGAUACCAUAGACUAUAUGAAAGAGCUCUUAGAAAAAAUCCACAAGUUGAAAGAAGAUGACAUGAAAGCAGGCAUAGAUCAAAUGGACUUGAUGAGAAACUUGAAGAAGCUAAAGCCAAAUGAAAUGCGAGUGAGAAAUCCCCCAAAGUUCGACAUAGAAAGAAAAAAGGAAAGUACCAGGAUUGACAUUUGCUGUGCCGCGAAGCCGGGAUUGUUGCUAUCAACGUUGAACGCACUAGAAGCACUGGGCCUUGACAUUCAGCAAUGUGUUAUAAGUUGUUUCAAUGAUUUUGCAUUGCAAGCUUCAUGUGCUGAGCCACUGGAGCAUCAAACACUGAUGAAUUCUGAAGAGAUAAAGCAAGCACUCUUCAGAAAUGCAGGUUAUGGAGGAAGAUGUUUGUAG